AUGACCGAUAAGAAGAACGAGGACUAUGUUGUCCAAAUGGGCAAUGACAACUAUGACAAGAAUGAGAAGCCUUCUUUCCAGGCGCGAUCACCCCCUCCCGCUGCAUACGGCUCAAGUCCAGUCGGCGGUCUUGAGCAGUUAGAAAAGAGCCCGCCCUUGUCUAUCUUGGCGUAUUGUUUGUCUUCGAUCAGUAUGACCGUUGUCAACAAGUAUGUUGUGUCGGGCACUUUCUGGAAUCUCAACUUCUUCUACUUGACUGUUCAGGCUGUCGUGUGUAUUGGUGCAAUUACUCUGUGCAAACAACUGGGCUUGAUCAAGGUUCUUGCUCCCUUUGACUCUGAUCGAGCAAGAAAAUGGUUCCCCAUCUCUCUUCUCCUCGUCGGCAUGAUCUACACCAGCACAAAGUCGCUCCAGUUCCUCUCAGUCCCCGUUUAUACCAUCUUCAAGAACUUGACCAUUAUUGUCAUCGCAUACGGCGAGGUCCUUUGGUUCGGUGGCAGCGUUACACCUCUGGCCCUGCUCUCAUUUGGUCUCAUGGUACUGAGCUCGAUCGUCGCAGCUUGGGCAGACAUUCAGAGUGCCAUCAACGGUGACUUUGGUACUACCGACUCAGCUGCUGCUGUCUCUACGCUCAACGCUGGUUAUGCCUGGAUGGGAAUGAACGUUUUCUGCAGUGCUGCCUACGUGCUCGGCAUGCGCAAGGUCAUCAAGAAGAUGAACUUUAAGGACUGGGACACCAUGUACUACAACAACCUCCUCACGAUCCCUGUUCUAGUUGUCUGUUCGCUUCUUACAGAGGACUGGUCCGCCUACAAUUUCUCUCGCAACUUCCCCGACGAUACCCGCAACAAGAUCAUUAUUGGCAUGAUCUACUCUGGCCUUGCGGCUAUCUUCAUCUCUUACUGCUCUGCAUGGUGCAUUCGCGUCACCUCCUCAACAACAUAUUCUAUGGUUGGAGCCUUGAACAAGCUUCCUAUUGCAAUCAGCGGCCUUGUUUUCUUCUCAGCCCCAGUCACUUUCGGCAGUGUCUCUGCCAUUUUCCUCGGCUUCAUUAGCGGUUUGGUCUACGCCUGGUCCCGCGUGCGACAAUCCAUGUCCUCUGGAGGAUCAUUGCCUACUGUGCGGCCUACGAUGAGCGCGAGCGCCAAGAGCAACCGCGAUGCCAACUCUUAG